AAUAUAAAGAGGUCGGAUAUCGAACUCCAGCCAGUCAGUUGUUAUUGUAACUCAAACCCGGCGACUGUGCCACUAUAAAUAGAAAUAUAAGAAAAUAUUCCAGAAAUUAAAGAUGACAGACGAGCAAGGAUUCCAAAAACCGAAGCCAGGGUUCGCGACCAUAGCUGUCCACGCUGGUCAAAACCCUGACAAAUGGAAUGGAGCAGUGGUGCCACCUGUCGUGAUGUCCACCAUGUAUAAACAGGCUCCUGAGGGACAUAAGGGUUACGUAUACUCCCGAUCAGCGAAUCCGAUGAGAGACACCCUACAAGAAUGUCUCGCGGCAUUGGAGGGCGCUAAGUAUGCGUUCACCUUUGCAUCAGGCCAGGGAGCGACCACCAGCAUCACUUCUCUACUUAACAAGGGAGACCAUUUGGUUUCUAUUGAUGACGUCUAUGGAGGUACCAGCCGAUUGAUGAGAGAAAAUCUACCAAGACAUGGUAUUGACGUCACGUUUACCGACAUUACAGACUUGGAUAAACUGGAAAAUGCUAUUCAAGAUAAUACUAAGAUGGUCUGGCUGGAGACUCCUACAAAUCCUAACUGCACUGUAGUGGAUAUUGCUGCCACUGUCCAAUUAGUGAAGAAGCGUGGUGAUAUCAUUGUAGUAGUCGACAAUACAUUCCUCACAUGCUACUUGCAAAGGCCACUGGACUUCGGUGCUGAUAUAGUAAUGUACUCUCUGACCAAAUACAUGAAUGGGCAUUCUGAUGUUGUGAUGGGAGCAGCUGUACUUAACAGUCAAGAAAUUGCUGACAAACUUAGGAUUAUACAGAAAUCGCUGGGAAUUGUUCCAUCAACAUUUGAUUGUUACCAAGUCAACAGGAGUUUGAAGACACUCUCUUUGCGCAUGGAACGUCAUAAGGCAACGUCUCUAGUUAUUGCUAAGUGGCUGCAGAAGCAACCGAAUGUCAUUGAAGUUUUGCAUCCAGGCCUGAGCACACACAAAGGACAUGAGGUUUCCAAGAGGCAAACGUCUGGUCAUUCAGGAGUCUUCAGCUUCAGACAUACAGGAGGUCUGAAAGAGUCCAGAAAACUACUGAGUUGCUUCAAAGUCUUUAUAUUGGCUGAAAGCUUAGGAGGAUAUGAAAGUUUGGCUGAAAUACCAUCGAUUAUGACUCACAAAUCAGUUCCCCCACCACAGAAGGCACAGCUUGGCAUCACAGAUUCCCUGGUCAGGUUUUCCAUUGGAUUGGAAGACCCGGAGGACCUCAUCAAAGAUUUGGAAAAUGCAUUUAAAGAAACCUUUAAUAACUAGGUUAGGUGAUAAACGUCAAAACUUAAAGAGGUACCAAUUUAAGAUAGGGGUUUGUUAAAGUUAAAGUAUUUGGGCACAUCUGAAACAACACAAUUGAAUAAAAUUGUCUGUCUGCGAAUGACGCUUGGUGCUCGUUCCAAAGUGUAGUAAAAUUACUUAUAAUACUAUGUUUUAGGUUUAAUAAAGGCAUGUUUUUUUAAUAACUGUUUAAUUUUGUGUGGUCUUAAAAAUUAAAAAAAAACUUUCACGUGGUAUUUAUUUUUAAGCAAUGCUUGUUUCCUACAGAUAUUAGAAUACGGCCACGUACUCAAAUAAUCUAAGGAGUAUGAAAAU